UGGAUCAGUGUAAAAUGCAGAGGCCACUUUUCGUGACAGCAUAUAGACAAUAAAACCAAGACUGGUAAGGCUCACUGCGGUAAAAUAAGAACCGGUCUGUUUUGCUGGACGCGCUUCCUGUCAGGUGGUAACACAUAGACACGCCCAAUCGGGAAGUCUCCGGAAGUUAGUUAGCUAUCUCAUUUAGCUCCAAACAAUAUAAUACACUUAUACAUAUUUAUUGUCAACGAUGGACAAGCUUCGUAGUAUGAUAGGGGGACGAGAAGACAACGAGGAAGCAGGGCUCACGGCGCAGGUUCUGGAUGCCUCGACGCUCAGCUACAGCACCCGGGUGAAGUGGUUCGUCAUAUGCUUCGCGUCAGGCAUCCUGUGCUCCAUACUGGGCACUGCACUGCUGUUCUUACCCAACGGCACCAAGCUGUUUGCUGUGUUCUACACACUAGGUAACCUUGCUGCACUCUCCAGCACCUGUUUCCUGAUGGGACCUCUGAAGCAGCUGAAGAGAAUGUUUGAGCCCACCAGACUGAUAGCCACCUGUGUUAUGCUGCUCUGUCUCAUUUUGACGCUUUGUGCAGUUUUCUGGUGGGGAAAGAAGGGGUUGGCCAUCAUCUUCUGCAUUCUACAGUUCUUGGCUAUGACAUGGUACAGCAUCUCUUACAUUCCAUUUGCCAGGGACGCCGUGAUGAAGGUCUUCACCAGCUGUCUGAGUUAAGAGAACCGACGUGGGUUCAAACACUAUUUGAGAUCAGUUUAGCUGGGCUUGAUUGAGCAUGCCUGGCGUGACGGAACCAAUAGAAAAUUGCAUAACUGCAAACCCCACCCACUUAACACUCCAGGAAAGCUAGAGCAAUUUGUCUAGGUAUUUGAAAGAUUUCGAAUUGUAUUUAAACCCAGGUCUAAUGUUUCCAGACUGCAUACUUGUCUUCACAUGAAAAAGUGGACAGUGGAUAUGUCAAAUAUUUUGUUUUUGGAAUAGGUUUUCCUUUUUAUUUUCUAAUAUAUAUAUUUUCAUUGCUGUUUCAUACUAUGAAUCAUUAAUAUUUCCAAUAAUUUUAUAACGGGUAUCUGAAACUAAAGUGUAUUCAUAUUAUGCUUACCAGGUUUGGGGUCAAUUCCAUUUGAAAUGUAUUUAAUUCAGGAAGUUGACUAAAAUUCUAAUUCUAUUGUUCUCAUUGAGAAGCAUUGACGAAGUUUCAGUUUACUUCCUGAAUUGACUUGAGUUGAAAUGGAAUUGAACCUGCUUGAUGCUUGUCUGCAAAAUCUCAUAUUUUUUACACUCAAAUUCUGUCUGUCGUUUUUUUAAGUGCUUCCGGUGAAAGUGAGAGAUGAAAUUAAAAUAUCCAUGAAGACAGGGUUGAGGUCAAUUAGAAUUGAAGGCAGUCUGUUCCAGAAGUUAUUUAAAUUUAAAAUAAAAAUGUAACAACUGGAAAUAAAUAGCUUUUAUGGUUGUUAAUGGAAAAGUCAUUCAAAUAGAUUUACAUUUGUUCAAUUAUUGAAUUGGAAUUUCAGUUUUUUCUGCUUUUAAAUUUGAAUUGACACCAACCCUGCAAAAAAAUAUAAAAUGUCCUAUCUUGUUCUUUCAGAGCAGGUUAAAGCUUAUGGACAUUUACAAUGUGAUGCCUGUAAAUCUGAAAAUACAACUCAAUAACUUAC